CUAAGAAGAAGAAGAACUUCCUGUUUUGGAUGUUCCACGACAACUGGGGAACUUUCCGAAGGGGCAGCGUCGCUUUCCUCAGUAAUUUGUCGUUAUUACUGUAUUUUACCGAGAUAUAAGUGCGGGACAGUCGCUCGAGUCAUGCCGCAGUUCAACCGACCGAGUCCCCGGAGUCCUCGACAUCGGAGAAGCCACACUCCUCGCUCCCGCAGCCCCAGCCGAGAAAGGAGCUUGUCUCCGGACAGCUUCGGGCCAAAGCCGCCGAGGCCUCGCAACAGGGAGCGCGAACGAGAAGAGCGCGAACACCGACUCAGGGAGGCCAAAACCAUCAAGCGAUUCCGAGUCGGAAGUCCCCGCCGAAGUCGGUCCAGAUCCAGAGAGAGGCACACCGGCGGCGGCGGCCUCAAUCACGGCCGCUGGGCAGAGCAGAAGGACGCUCCGUGGAGGCACGGCGGCUCCAGGGAUGACUUCUACUACGACCAGCUAAGAGACGACGCUCACAGGCAGCGACAAGAGGAAUUAAUGGCCAGGCGGCUGCAAGAGAGAGAGCGGAUUGGAGAGCAAGGCUGUCCCGAAGUAUGGGGAUAUUCUCCAAGAGUUAAAGAGGAAGACUCGGAUGAAUUCACACCAGUCGAAGAAAACCAGAAAAAUGCCAGCUCAGGGUCUGAAGACGAGAAAAGAAAGAAAAAGAAGAAAUCCAAGAAAAGAAAGCACAAGAAGAGUUCAGACAGCGGUUUGGACUCCGAUUCCGAUGAGGACAAGGUGAAGAAGAAGAAAAAGAAGAGCAAGAAAUCCAAGAAGUCCAAGAAGAAGAAGAAGAAGGCCAAGAAGAGCCACAAGACGUCGAGUGAGUCCAGCAGUGGCGAGUCUGGGGAGGAAGAAGAGGAGGAUCCCAGCGAGGUGACGUGGGUUGAGAAAACAUGCACAGAUGAACACCUGGUGGGACCAGAAGCGCCGCUCACUCACCUGUCUCAGGAUGAACGACCUUUGGAUUUCGGUCAUGCUCUCCUGCCGGGAGAAGGUGCCGCCAUGGCGGAAUACGUGAAAGCUGGAAAGCGAAUUCCGAGAAGAGGAGAAAUCGGCCUCACCAGUAACGAGAUCGCAGAUUUUGAGAAGUCGGGCUAUGUCAUGAGCGGCAGCAGACAUCGCCGCAUGGAGGCUGUGCGUCUGAGAAAGGAGAACCAGAUCUACAGCGCAGACGAAAAGAGAGCGCUGGCCUCCUUCAACCAGGAAGAAAGACGCAAACGAGAAAGCAAGAUCCUGUCCAGUUUCCGAGAGAUGGUCUACAGGAAGACCAAAGGAAAGGAGGACAAGGCUUAACUGCUGUCAUGGUGAUGUGGCUUCUAAUGGAUGGAAAUGCUGUCUCUUUGUAAAUAAAUACGGAUUUCAUGUUUGGAGUUCA